AUGUAUAAACUCGAUCUUCCCAUCGAUCUGAAAGAGAAAGCUGCGAUUGAACGACGUCGUCGCGCAGAACAAGAACGGCAAGGUCGAAUAUUCAAUUCGAAAUAUCGUCAAAUCGGGAUCGAUAAAAAUACAUUGGAUCAGCAAAUACAAGAUCGAAAAUGGAUGGAAGAAUUAGAAGAAAAACGCGCAGCAGCUUUCGCUAAAGAUGCCAUUCGAAACGAUACAAUUGCUCAAUUACUUCAACGUCGUCAAGAAUAUGAUGAACGGGAAAACAAUCGCGCACUCAAUGAAUUCCGUGCUUUGCACCAACAACCAAACGCUCAACGUGAAUGGGAUUUGAAUGACCCUGAUUAUUUGAGAAAAGAUGUCCCAGCGCGUGUAUCUGACGAUGAUCCACGCUGUGGUGUAGCUAGUUUACAGAAAUUUCAAGGUGAAGAUCUUAAUGCCCGUGCACGUAAUCAAUACCAAAAGGAACAACUACGUGAAUGGUCGCGUUUACAACAAGAAGAUCUGCGUCGUGCGGAACAACAGCAACACGCUGCUGAUCAAUUGUUCCACGCUAAACAAAUAGAAUUAGACCAGCGCGCUAUGGCACUACAGCGUGCAGAAGAACAAUGUCGACGGGAUAUUAACAAAUCAGUUCGAAACUAUAACGAUGCAUUAUUUCGAGAAGCUCAAGAACGUCGCGCCCUGAAGAAACGUCAGGAAGACUACGAUAAUUAUGCUGAAAUGACGAAUAUGGUUACAAGUGACCUACUAUCGGAAAAUCCUGACCAGGCCAUCAGUCAAUUCGGCCCACAUCGUGUUGUUCCAGAUCGAUGGAAAGGUAUGAAUGAAGAUCAAAUACGUCGUAUACGCCAAGAACAACAAUCGCAACUUGAAGAGAAAAAACGGCGUGAAGAAGAAGAACGACAACGUGAUCAAGAAUGGGAUCAACGCCGUGUAGCUGAAGCGAAAGCCGGUAUGAUUGCCGAAAAACAACUUGAACGCGAACGACAUGGUUAUCAGCAAGAUCUUUAUCAUGAUAAUCAACGUUUAUCCAAUGAACAACGAAAUCUCAAGGCAUACCUGGAUCGCGUUGUUUAUACAAAUCAACCAACGGCUGCUUACUUUACCCAAUUCAAUAGUUCAUCAAGAUGA